AUGUAUGAUUCAUCUCACCCAAUGAACCUAACAGGGAUUACACCAGCCAGAGAUCGCAAGUCUCAGGCAGGAGUAUCAAGAUUUGCUUGCAUUCAAGAUUCUGACUUUGUGUUUCCACUGAGAAACGAACCAAGGCACGGAGGCCUGUGUUCUUGUGGUCCAACAAAUAAUAUAGCUUAA